UCACUCGAUUCGCAGCUGUAAUAUUACAAUUAUAAUUUACAAAAUAAAAAAAAGAAAAGUGGAACGGAACAGCAAAAAAAAAACAUUAAAACAUUCACUUUUCACUCAUCUGAUAUAGCUCAAACAAAAUCUAGUUAAAAAAGUGGCAAUCAAGCAUUCCCAGGCAAAAGUCCAAACUAUUUUUUUUUAUUUAAUUGGAUACCAGUCGGAGGAGGGAAGAAAGUGACCGAGUGGGUGGCUAAGAGGCGAGAGAGGACUAUAUUGUCAAUUAUAUAUGUGUGCCUAUAGAGGUUGCAAGUUAAUUGGGAAUCGGAUUGGCCACGUGUAUACUUCCUUAAGUUCUCGGCCUUGACUCUUAUCUUAUUCGCACUUCUGAUCCACCUACAAAACAAAGGCAACACAAAAAACAAUAUAGCAAAACAGUCAACAAAAAAAACACGAAAAUUCUCUGGAGACAAUGUCAUCAUCGUCGGGGUCUGGAACGAGAAAACAGCCCACAGCUGUUUCACGAAUGAAACAGGAUUACAUGCGACUAAAACGCGAUCCCUUGCCAUAUAUCACAGCCGAGCCGUUGCAGAACAAUAUAUUGGAAUGGCAUUAUUGUGUUAAAGGGCCCGAGGAUACACCAUACUACGGUGGAUACUAUCAUGGCACUUUACUGUUUCCACGCGAGUUCCCCUUUAAGCCACCAUCGAUCUAUAUGUUAACUCCAAAUGGACGUUUCAAGACAAACACCAGGUUGUGUUUAAGCAUUUCAGAUUUUCACCCGGACACUUGGAAUCCAACAUGGUGUGUGGGUACUAUACUAACGGGACUCUUGAGUUUUAUGUUGGAAAGCACACCGACUCUGGGAGCUAUUGAGUCUUCAAACUAUGACAAACAAGUGUUUGCACAGAAAUCACUUGCAUUUAACCUGCGUAAUGCGAACUUUUGUGAACUUUUUCCUGAAAUCGUUGAGGAGAUUAAGCAGCGUUUGCAGGGAGUUCAAACACCAAGCAGCGGUGUAGCCUCUACAUCAACGGGAGCGAAUCGCUGCAAUGGCCUUACUAAUAAUGGUGUUGCCGCAGCCGUUGCUCUGGAUCCCAAUCAGCCACAAGAUGCAAACAGUGCGCUAAAAGAUGCUAUCGAUGGACAGGCUGGUGCUGGGGCAGCUUUUGCGGCUCUGGCGAACGGUGGUACUGGAAAUAAUGCAGCUGCAUCUCUACAAAAUAGUCCCGGAAAUUCCUACUUAAAUUGGCAAUCUAUCUAUGCAAAUUUGGUGAUUAUCAUCUGCUUUGCGAUAUUUGCACUCAUCGUGAAUUACGUGAUCAAGAACCUGAAUCAGGAAUAGAAUUAACUCUUAAUUUACUUUACUAUAUAGUCCCCGCAGAAGUCUUACAGAACUGACUGAAGCUUAAAAACGAAAAAAUAUAUACAUUUCCCUGCGAUGCUUCUCCCUUUUUCCAAAACAAAAUUUGUUCCCCGAUUGAACGCUGUUUAGUCUGAAACUAUUGGCAAUAACAUAAGAAACAUAUUUUCUUUAAAUUAAAUUUGUAAAGUAUAUAAACUGUUUAAUUUUUGUUAUGUAUUCAUUAUGUUAUAUUAAUCCAGUCUUAGCACAUAGUUAAAUCAAGAUAAUUGAGGCCAGGAUAUCUCUGUAAAUUAAUAAAAGAGCAACAUAUGCGUGUACAAAUUAUAAAUUUAA